AAGUUUAUGAUUUACAUUGAUUGGUAUCAAAAGAUGAGAGAGAGCAUGUGUGGGAGUAUGAUCCCACCAAAUCGCAAAUUGGUAAAUGGUAAUUAAAUUUGGUAAUAACAUGACAUUAUCACUGCAGAUUGUAGAGUACUACAUAAUAUUUGUCCUUAUCCUUUCAUUCAUUGAUUCAUGACGCAACGCAAGUCAAACACCGGCAAGUUGAUUAUAUUAUAUUACGCGAAGAACGAGAUAACAAAUAUUUUCGCUAUUUUCAUUUCGACGAAAACAAAGAACAAAUUUUUGAGACUCAUCAUCCAUCAUCAUUUAUCGCUUUCCUUAUUAAAGUAGUUUAUUUUAUUAUAAAAAGAUAAUAAUCAAACAUAAAUAGAACAAGAUUAUUUCCACCCGAAAUCCGAUUCUUAAUUAUUGAAUUGUCGCUUUAUAACAACAUACUACACUUACUCUGUUAUCGAUCUCAUCGUUUUCAACAAAAUACUUGAUAUCUAACACCACCAAAAGAACGAUAAUGGAGAUCAAAGCUGGUUUAUCAGCACUUGUCACUGGUGGUGCUUCUGGAAUCGGUAAAGGUCUUGUCCUAGCUCUUGCAGAGAAGGGUGUAUUUAUCACAAUUGUUGAUUUUUCUGAAGAAAGGGGAAGACAAGUCGCGACCCUUGUUGAGAAAAUUAAUACCAAGUUUCAUCCUAAGUUAGAACAUCCAUCUGUCUUAUUUGUGAAAUGUGAUGUUACCAACUCAAGGGAUCUAGCGGCUGCAUUUGAGAAGCACGUUUCAACAUUUGGAGGACUAGACAUUUGUAUUGCUAGUGCAGGGAUUAGUAACCCUAUACCAUUCGAUAAGGAUGAUACGGAUGGCACUCGUUCAUGGAGACACACUCUUAAUGUGAAUUUUAUUGCAGUUUUAGACACCACCCGCCUUGCGACUAAAACCAUGGAAGCUUUGAAAAGGCCUGGCACGAUCAUCAAUCUGGGUUCUGCUUCUGGUCUUUAUCCAAUGUAUUUCGACCCUAUCUAUAGUGGUUCUAAAGGUGGUGUUGUUAUGUUUACUAGGGCACUUCGUUUUUACAAACGUAAAGGAAUCAGAGUCAAUGUGCUUUGCCCUGAGUUUGUUGAAACUGAGAUGGGCUUAAUGGUGGAUCCCAAAUUCAUUGGUAUGAUGGGGGGCUUUGUACCUAUGGAAAUGGUGGUGAAAGGUGCUUUUGAGCUCAUCACGGAUGAGAGCAAAGCUGGUCAUUGCUUAUGGAUUACUAAUCGUCGUGGUCUGGAGUACUGGCCCACCCCAUCAGAAGAAGAAAAGUACUCGAUACGUUCUACACGUUUCAGGAGAAGAGCUGAAUACAAAUCUCCAUCAAUUAAACUACCUGAGAGUUUUGAAAAAGUAGUUGUUCAUACCUUGAGUCACAACUUUCGGAAUGCUACUGGCAUAGUGAGAGCACCACUGAGAUUACCUAUCAAACCAAAUCAUGUUCUUGUGAAGAUAAUUUAUGCUGGUGUAAAUGCUAGUGAUGUAAAUUUUAGUUCAGGACGCUAUUUUGGUGGCAAUAACAAGGAGACUGCAGCUCGUCUUCCAUUUGAUGCAGGAUUUGAGGCCGUGGGAAUAAUUGCAGCAGUUGGGGAUUCUGUCACUGACUUGAAAGUUGGCUUGCCUUGUGCUUUCAUGACUUUUGGAGGCUAUGCUGAAUUCACAAUGAUUCCUUCAAAAUACGCUCUUCCAGUGCCUAGACCAGAUCCAGAAGGUGUUGCCAUGCUUACAUCAGGAUUAACAGCUUCAAUUGCUCUCGACAAGGCAGGACAGAUGGAAUCUGGAAAAGUUGUCCUUGUUACUGCUGCGGCAGGAGGAACCGGUCAAUUUGCUGUUCAGCUUGCAAAAUUAGCAGGUAAUACCGUGGUUGCCACUUGUGGUGGUGGGGAAAAGGCCAAGCUUCUGAAAGAAUUGGGUGUUGACAGAGUCAUAGACUAUCGUAGUGAAGAUAUAAAAACGGUUCUAAAGAAAGAGUUCCCAAAAGGUAUUGACAUCAUCUAUGAGUCUGUUGGUGGUGACAUGUUAAAAUUGUGCUUGGAUGCUUUGGCAGUCCAUGGACGACUUAUUGUCAUUGGCAUGAUUUCUCAGUAUCAAGGAGAAGAUGGUUGGACACCGUCAAAAUAUCCUGGACUUUGUGAGAAGCUCUUGGCGAAGAGUCAAACUGUGGCUGGCUUUUUCCUGGUGCAAUAUAGUCACUUGUGGCAAGAACAUCUUGAUAGACUAUUUGAUGUUUACUCUAAGGGAAAACUAAAGGUUGCUGUGGAUCCAAAGAGAUUUCUAGGCCUGCAUUCUGUUGCAGAUGCUGUUGAGUAUCUCCAUUCAGGCAAAAGCGUUGGGAAGGUGGUUGUCUGUGUCGACCCAACCUUCGUUAAUCAAGUUGCCAAAUUAUGAGUCAGCACAUGUCAAAUACAGAAAGAAGUCAAGUUUUGAGCUCAUAGUUUAAAGAUUGUUCUAGAAUGUUACCGAAAAUAGUGCUGAAAUAUUCUCGAUGCUUUUUUAUUUUUGGAUUACUUGAAAGAAUAAUGCUCAAUUAUGUAUACCAUAUAUAGUACAGCUAUCAGCAGAACAAAACGAGAUAUCAUGUUCUUUCAUUUGUAUGUCUACAAAAUAAAUUAUAAGUCCUUUCAUUUGUAAAACUC